GCCGCUUGAGGACGGGGCCGGGAGCCGGGGAUAAUGCUCCAUCCCUCAGCAUUCAGGCGCACGCCGGACACCUCGUAAUUUUCUCGUGGCAACGGCGGGCGGCCGUGGAGGAGGAGGAGGAGGGUGUUUUUUUUUCUGUUGCAGAAGUGAUUUUCUUUUUCUUUCCCUUUAACGACAGUCUUCUUCUUCAUCCUCCUGCUCGCCCCUCCUCACUCCUUAUUCCUCCGCAACUGGCAACUGCUGGGCCCCCCCUCCCUCCCUCUCUUUUCCACUUCUGUCCCUUUUUCCAGAGGAGGGAUUUCUCUAUUUCAUCAGGGAUUGUAGAAGACAUCUCUCUGGGAAUGAUGGUGUUGCCACAGAUGCUGCCCUCUCUGUCGCCAUGACGAUGCCCUUCAGCCCCCUGUCGAGCGACGAGGAGCAACAAAGGAUGCUGGGAAACAAUCGACAUCUCUAUCCAGGUGCAGAGGACGAGGAAGAAGAGGAGGAAGAGGAGGAGGAGGAAAUGGAAGAGGAUGAGCGAGACGAAGACCAGGAGGAGGAGGAGAACGGCGAGCUGGACGGCGAAGAGGACGAGGAGGAGGAGGAGAUGGUGGAGGAGGUCAGGCGAGGAGGUCUUUCACGAGGGGGGAGGGGUGAGGGACACAGGCAGUCAGGGAAACUGGUCGGACGGGCCCCUGCGGACAGACAGAUCAGACCUGGAAACCCCGGACACACAGCAAACCCGUACUCGUCCAACCCUGGACCCACACACCAACAGCCAGCCAAUCACAUUCAGCAGCAGCAGAGGAGGCUGAAGGAGCGCAGCUCUAGCUCCGUGCCAUCUGAGGACACCCACAUCGCCAUGAUGGUGUUUCGCAUUGGCAUCCCAGACAUAAAGCAAACGAAAUGUUUGCGGUUUAAUCCGGAUGCCACCGUUUGGAAGGCAAAACAGCAGGUCCUGUGCUCCCUCACCGAAUCUCUGAGGGACGUCCUGAACUAUGGUUUGUUUCAGCCCGCCACUGAUGGCCACGACGCCAAGUUCCUGGAGGAGGAGAGGCUGCUCAGAGAGUACCCACAAUCCUUUGAGAAAGGGGUACCCUAUUUAGAGUUUCGAUACAAGACCAGGGUGUACAAACAGACCAAUCUGGAUGAGAAGCAGCUGGCCAAACUGCACACUAAGGCCAGCCUGAAGAAAUUUAUGGAUUAUAUCCAAACCAACGCUGUAGACAAGAUGGUCAAGUUUAUAGACAAAGGCCUGGAUCCCAACUACCAGGACUCUGACACUGGCGAGACUCCUCUCUCCCUCGCCGUGCAGUGUGAGCCGAGUGGAGGCGAGACCAUCCGGGUGCUGGUGGAAGGAGGGGCUCAUAUUGAUUUCCGUGCCAAAGAUGGACUCACGCCGUUACACAAGGCUGUCCGAGGCCACCGCCAUACAGCCCUGCUGGUCCUUCUGUCUCUUGGAGCAUCUCCUGACUAUAAGGAUCGGCGAGGGCUAACGCCACUGUACCACACUGUGCUGACAGGGGGAGACACCUCCUGCUGUGAAACACUCCUUUAUCACCACGCCAAGCUGGGCAUCAGGGAUGAGAACGGCUGGGACGAGACACAUCAGGCCUGUCAGAAUGGGAACUCGCAGCAUCUGGAGCACCUGCUCUUCUAUGGUGCGGACUCUUCUUCUCAGAAUGCCUCUGGAAACACUGCCUUGCACAUCUGUGCUUUAUAUAACAAAGAAAGCUGUGCACGAAUUCUGCUCUACAGGGGAGCGAGCAAAGACACAAAGAACAACAGUGGGCAGACCCCCUUUCAGGUGGCUGUUAUGUCAGGCCAUUUUGAGCUGGGAGAAAUAAUCAAAAAUCAUCGGGAUGCAGAUGUUGUUCCCUUUGUGGAGUCUCCAAAGUAUGCCCCCCAAAGGCGGGAGAGCGCCCGGACAUUGACCAUCCCCCAACCACAUCCCUUUCUCAGAGCCAACAGUGACAGCAGCAUGAACCUGCCAGAAUGGAUGGCAGUGCCGAACGCUCCAGGGACCAACAUUGUCUCUGUGCAGGGUUACAAACAUACAGGCACCCUGAGGAGUUCAAGCAGUCCCAGAGGGGCAAGAACACGGUCCCCUUCCAGAGGGAGGAUUGGAGAUAAGGAGGACCGCAGCAGACAGAGUCGAAGACAGGGCCCCGCUCCCACCAGCACAACUGUACAAACUGCAGGCCAGCGCAGACGUCUCUACAGCGCCGUCCCAGGACGAGUCUUUGUUGCUACCCGAUCACACUCUGCCCAGGGGGAGCGAGAAAUCAGCUUUAAUAAAGGAGACAGGGUAAAAGUGCUGAGUGUUGGCGAGGGCGGGUACUGGGAGGGGACGGUCAGGGGUCGCACAGGCUGGUUCCCUUCCGACUGUGUGGAGGAAGUGAUGCUUCGGAGCCAAGACAACCGAUCAGAGAGCCGUGGAGAGCGAGCAAAAAGGCUGUUCCGCCAUUACACUGUGGGAUCCUACGACAGCUUUGAUGCUCCCAGUGACUACAUAAUCAAGGAGAAGACGGUGCUCCUGCAGAAAAAAGACAGCGAGGGUUUCGGCUUUGUGCUGAGAGGGGCCAAAGCUCAGACUCCAAUCGAGGAGUUCACUCCCACCCCGGCCUUCCCUGCCCUGCAGUACCUGGAGUCAGUGGACGAGGGAGGCGUCGCCUGGAGAGCCGGUCUCAGGAUGGGCGAUUUCCUCAUAGAGGUCAAUGGUCAGAAUGUGGUGAAGGUCGGUCAUCGACAGGUUGUCAACAUGAUCCGACAAGGUGGCAACAGCCUCAUGGUCAAGGUUGUCAUGGUGACCCGCAACCCUGACAUGGAGGAGGGUACGAGGAAGAAAAUCCCCCAGCAGAGUAAGAGGCUGAGCACGCCGGCUAUCGCUCUCCGAUCCAAAUCCAUGACUUCAGAGCUGGAGGAGAUGGUGGAAAGAGCUGCUACCCCUUGGAAAAAAAAAUCAGAAUUCGAAUCCUCCCAAGUUACAGAGAAGAAGAGGACAGUCUAUCAGAUGGCUUUGAAUAAACUCGAUGAAAUUCUUGCAGCAGCUCAGCAGACAAUCAGCACCAAUGAGGCACCAGGGACACGGGGACAGGGGCCUAAACGAGACAGAGGGCGGAGUUUCUAUGGCAAUGAGACAAACUAUGGGGAUCAGUCUGGGAUGGGGAUGAUGUCGUCCGGGCUGGGCCUUGGCUAUGAGCGUGGCCAGUACACCUCAGGUCACGCCCCUCAGCACGGUAUGCUGCGGCAGAAAUCCAUCGGGGUUCCCGAGGAGGAAAAGCAGUUCCUGCAUCCUCCAACCAUGAAGUUUGCUCGCAGCCUGUCAGUGCCUGGCCCAGACGACAUUCCCCCUCCUCCCACCACCGCUCCACCAGAUCCUCCAUUUUCCUCUGCGCCACCACUUGGUUGGAGAACUAAGACAUCGCAGCAGCCCUCUGUCUCCGUGUCCCAGGCUACAUCCACCGCUUCGCACUACCAGCCCUACUCUCAAUCAGUGCACUUCACCCAUGGGGGCAGGGAGAGGGCGGGUGGUGCAGGCACAGGCCCCGGCGGUGGAGCAGUCGACCACACAAUCCCGUAUGCACAUGCCGCUGCCCACACUGCUCAAAGCAGGACUGCUUCGCGGAAGGUUGCCUAUACUGGGGAGCCUGUUGGAGCUGGCAUAGGGGCAGGUGGAGGGGCAAAGGCAGCAGGUCUUAGGAGGGGCUAUAGCACUGCUGUCCCUCCAUCCAGCAUUGCCACUGUGAUGCCCCAGCAACAACAGACCACCCAGAGUCAACCCCAGCGAGCAGACCGCAGUGCAGCAGGAGCUGGAGCAGGUGGUCCCAAAGGAGGGGCCCGGAGGGGUAAGGGCCCUCUGGUGAAGCAAUCCAAGGUAGAGGACCUCCGCAUGGGCCAGGGAACUCUGGGGGGCAAAGGCUCCGUGGAGAAAAGCUCCAUCCCCAUCCCCACUAUUAUUGUCAAGGCCCCUUCGACCAGCAGUAGUGGACGCAGCAGCCAGGGCAGCAGUGUGGAGGCAGACGUUCCUGCAUCUGGGGAGGCAGAGGAACCUAAAACACCUCUUCCUCCCUCCACUCCUGCUCCCCAGCCACCUGCUCCACCUUCCAUCCCAGCACCUCCGCCUCCAUCAAUGCCUUCUAUGCGAGCCCAUGAUAACCUGGACUUCACCAGCCAGUUUGGGGCUGCUAUUGUUGGUGCUGCUCGUCGAGACAGGGAACGGUUUCAUGAAGCCCGCAGAAAGAGUGCCUCCUUGUUCAUGUCUGCUGAGGAGGAUGUGACCAUCAGUGGGCUGAGUGAUGGGAUAGGAGGCAUUACAAGGACUCAGGUUUCACAGCUUACCACAGGGGCUGAGAGUUCAUCAACGCGGCUGCGUCCAUCCAAGUCUAUUGAUGAGGGCAUGUUCUCUGGGGACACCUAUAUCCACCACACCCGCAGUAUGCCUCCAGCCUUUGGGCUGCCUGAGUACUCCUCACCUGCCCUGGAUUAUCAGCCCAAGUCUGUGCCCACUGACCUGUACACAGCAGCAGGCAGGCAGCCAGCACCCUCCACUACCACCUUUAUUCACCCUCUGACAGGAAAGGCUCUUGACCCCACAUCACCUCUUGGCCUGGCCCUGGCAGCCAGAGAGCGAGCGCUGAGAGAUGACAGCAGGUUAAGGAGGGGAGCAGAGCACCACUUCACCCGCCAGAUGUCCAGUGUCGUGUUCCCUUCAUCUUCUGCCACCUCUCAGCCGGCAUCAUCGGCAGCCCAGUCCUUCAGCUCCUCCUACCUAGUCACCUCGUCUUCUCUGGCUGCCACCACCCCCACUGUUGGACGCCCGCCCUCACCGAGACUCACAAGGGGAGUCCUGUGGAGUGAGGAAGACGGUGGUGGAGGAGAAAGGGAGCGAGAAGGAGGAGGGGCACGGGAGGGGCUAAGAGUUCGCUUUUCUGAGGACAAAACGGUCCACACGCACCACUACCAAUCACAGCCAUAUCAGCCGACCUACAAGGAGCGGGAGCGGGACAGGUCGAGAGAGCGUGAGAGGGAGCUGUCCAGAGAAAGAGAGAGGGACAAAGAGAGGGAGGGGUACAUAAGGAGGGCAGAGCAGGCUGCUGCUGAUAGCGCCACUCAGCAGGCGGCCCAGUCUCAGCAGCCUCGGAGGCCCUCUUUUCUCAGGAUGGAAAGUCAAUCUGAUGCCUAUAUCUUGUCUCUAACCCCUCCCUCUCCUCCACCUACUAGUACUCAGCAGACAAACACUACUGGGGGCACAGGAACAGGCCUAAUGGUUCUUCCUCCUCCCGCCCCUUCAGUCGAUGCCGACGAUGAGUUUGUUUACGCGGACCCCCUCCCUCCUCCGUUAGAGUUCGCAAACAGCUUUGACAGGGGAGUAUCAGGGUACUCACAGCGCGGGAUGCUUUCCAACAGUCUGGCUUCCCGCCAACAGCAGGUCCCACCGCCUCCCCCUCCACCUCCUCCUCCCCCACCACCACCUCCCCCUCCACCUCAAAAAGACUCAUUUAUAGGUGGGUUCCCUGCUCACACACCUCUGCCCUCUCCUCAGGCCGGGGACUCUACCGCCUCCAGCCUCACAUCGUAUGACAGUGAGGUGGCUAAUCUUACUCAGUCUGCUCCCUCCCCCUCCCAGACAUCCCCCAACCCUCAACCACCUCACUCGCCUUCCACGCUGCAGCCCACCUCCACAUCAGGACCUCCACCUCCACCGUCGGUGUCACCACCGCCUCCUCCCGGCUACCACAGACCCUUCUCCAUGUCUCACCCACAUCACCUUUACAACAGCUCGCACACUUCUGGGCGCUCUUCCCCCACACCUCCCCCGCACACAGUCGCUCCUCCCCCGGCCUAUCGUGGUCCCCCCACGCCCUCAUCCACUGCUGCCACCUCUGCUCCGAUCAGGGGCACCGCCUCACACGCCACGACCGCUAGCUGUGUCACUACAACCACCGCCGCUGCCACCACAACAAGCACCUCCACGCAGCUCUACCAUGAGCGAACACACACCACACAUACUCCAUCCACCACCCCAGGAGGUCGUAGGACAGGGGAGCACCACCGCCCUCCACCCACCGCCAAGAAAGGCGAGUCCCAGGAGACGGUGGUGGACUCUGGGAUAGAGGAGCUGGACAGUCGGAGCAGCAGUGACCACCACUUGGACAGCAUCCUGGCUCUAAGUGGAGCCAGGGGGGAGAGGCCUGAUCGAGGGGAGAGAGGAGGUGGAGCCGGAGGACGCAUGGGAGGUGGGGGAGGGGAAUCUGAAAGGGGAGGUGAUUUUCUGGAGUCUUACAUGAGUUACUUAGAUGGACAGACUUUCGAGAUGCAGAACGCCACAGCAGCGGCCUCCACCUACCCGAAAACAAACCGGUUCAGAGAUGGAAGUCGCCCUGGGGAUUUCCACAGACAGACUAGCACCGCUCCCGCAUCCUUCCACUCCCACAGACGGAGAGGAGAGGAGCAGGAGGAGGAGGAGGCCGAGGAGGGAGUGAUGGAGGAUGAAAGCGGACAGGAUGGGUACGGUGUGAGGGACAUGCAGAAUUUGGGACGUCCCAUUUCGCCAUACUUUGACCGACCGCGCACUCCCGAGAUGAAGCAAAUGUGGGAUGAGGGGCAGAUGAGCGGGGACGGUGGCCAGUCAGGGACACUUUUGGAGGGGAAGAAGAUUUACCCUCCUGCAUCCAGUAUGAAGCCCAGCAUCAUUAAUGAGCUGAGCAGCAAACUGCAGCAAAGAACCAAGGACAGCUGGAGCAGCCAGAGACCGCUGAGCAGACACAGAAGCAGAAACAGAUUUUCAGAAGACUCAGCCUCAGCUCUGAGCCCACCCUCAGUACGCUCCCAGUCACCUUCACCAAUCUCUUUAUCACAGCCAUCGUUAUCCCCGUCCCCGACCCCCACCUCCCAGUACCCAAACUGGGGGAGAUCUCCAUCCCCUCAGCCUCCAGCUUCCUCUCAGCCUCCCCGUUCCCAUUCCCCACUGUCCCCCACUUCUUACUCCCCUUACCCCACCUCCCCCAAACACAGACCCGUGUACCGGACCAAAGCCCUCGAGUUCCAGUUCAUCCCCAGUCGAGAGUCCCGCAAAGCAGAGUCACACAUAAUGCAGCGUAGGCGAGCGCCCAGCCCCCUCAUCUCCCCUUCAGAGAGGCCCAAGCUGGGUCCACCACGGCCAUCAUCCCUCCCACUCCUUCCCACCACACCCCUUUACAGCGCCAUCUAUGACCUCAGAGGUUCAAUCACCCCGCCGUCACCUGGGAACCCCCUUGGAGAUCCUUACUUCUCACCCUCUCCUCCCCUGUUUGCCCCCUCUGGUGCCCCUCCUCCUCCAAACUCCACUUUAGUAGUUUCCCGCUCCCUCUCUCCAACUCACUUCCUUUCUGGGACAUCUUCUCCACCCCUGCACCCUCUCCCUCCACCUCCCUGCUUGAGUUACCCCCACUUACCUCCCCCUUCCCCUACAAAGCCUUUUGCUUCCAAGCCGUUGCCCUACUGGACCAAGUACGACGUCGCCGACUGGCUGGGAUACCUGAACCUGGGUGAACACAGAGAGCGUUUCCUGGAUAACGAGAUCGAUGGCACCCACCUGCCCUCCCUCACCAAGGAUGACUAUCUGGAUUUGGGUGUAACACGUGUAGGCCACCGCAUGAACAUUGAGCGGGCCCUUAGGAGCGUGAUGGACAGGCUGUCCAGCAGCCCGUUUCCCAUUUCUGUCCUCUCACCCCGGGAGGGACAGACUGAGAUGAGGAGGGACGACGGGAGCCGGAGCUGAAGUUGCAAACUCAGAGAGCCAGAAACAGAGAAAGAAAAAGUGAGAGGGAAGGAGAGGUCGGAGUCAAUGAGGGAGGAAGACACAACUGCUGCUAUCCACGGUGGAUUCACACAACAAAUGAGGGGGGACCAGAUUUCAUAGAGAGGGCCACAGAGAGAGAGAGUCAGGUCCCAAAGAGGGAUGGAAACAAGGAAGAAGGGGCCGAUGAUCCAUAAACACAGCAGCUGGAACUCCCUGGCUAAUUUACACACUCCCUGACGUGUGUGUACGCUGACACCAACCAACAAAUACACUUUCAUCCAGAAUCAAACACUACGGCUACAGCAGAAGACCAGGGAUGAAACUGAACCAAAUACUUGAGAGGAACAAUCAAAAGCCACUUAAUUUUCCCUUUUUAAGCAAAGCAGGUUGUGUUGUUAGCAAGCAAGAGGAGAUAAGAUUCAUAGUGUGGCCAUCUUUUUUUAAAUCAUCCUCUUUCCCCCCAGUCGGCUGGUUAAAUCUGUUCAGGUUCAAGGCUGGAAAAAGGAGUGCAAUCAGUGACAAACCCUUCCUGUGUGAGUGCAUUUUUAUUUUAAGAGUAUUUACGAACGAAUGUUUGCAGGAGUGAGGUUCUGUGCGUCUGCGUGGUGAGCGUAGACACAGAGAGAUUUAUCGUGACAGCUUCCACAUGUGAUCGACGCAGACAGAUCAAUCGCGUCCUUGUGUGUCUGGCUUCGAUUGGUUUUGUCUUGUUUUUACCUCACCACUGGCAGGGCUCUGUCCUCACUGCAGGUCCUUCUGUGUUUCUCUAUAGCUCUUUAUCAUUAAGUCUUAUAAUGACAUACUAUAUACAGACUGGUCACUGUAUCACUAAUUUGUAGCAAAAAUAAGUGCCCAGACCAACAAAAAAAUACAAAAAAAAGAAACACACCCACACACAGGCACCUAAGUUACUACUAAACAUGCCUGCAUGCAUACACCAACAUGCACAUACACACAAGCACUCACAAGUGGUUGUGUUAGAGUUUAUGGGACACAUUAUAUAUAAACACACACUUUAUGUUCGGAUCUAAGAUACACAAAAAGGAUUCAGACUGUGCUUUCAACUCUUAGACGGGAUAAUGUGAAGAAGAGGAUUUUAUCUAAGUGAGAAAGACUUCCUCAGCGUCGAGGUAACUGUUGUUCACCCACUCAGACCUUUUCCAAGGGAGACUGACACAAAGAGAGGGGACGGGAAGAGGAAAAACUGCCAUUUCUCUCGCUCUUUCCCGCCCAAUCCCCCCUCUCACUCUCGACUCAAUCCAGGAGGAAAAAAAUCCCGACCGAGGGGACGUGAGAAAAAUGCUUCUAUCAAGUUUUAAUACUCUGAUUCUUCUUACAAUUUUUAAACUUUAAAUGGAAAUACUGGAAUAUUGAUAUGAAGAGAUUUAUUGUUACUAUUUCUCAUUACUAUCAUCGUCCUUACUGUUAUUAGAGAGUUUCUACCUUUGGUGGUUGUGACAGCACUCUUAUGCAGUCAGUGUUUUCUGGCUGUUUGGUGAAGAUAAUCGUAUUGGAUAGUAUAUAUAUAAAUAUAUAUGCAUAUGUAGGUAUUUUUGAAUUGAAAGAUGCAUUUUGUUUCGUGCACUGAACCCUUAACAUGGCUUUUACUUGACGAGAAGCAUUGCAACUCUUAAUGUGAAGCACAUUUUUAGACUCACUUUCCUCUGCCUUUUACUCCAUUUUUUCACCCUAGAAGCUUUAAUUGAAAUUAAUGGCCUCAAAUUAUGAUUUCAAAACACUUCUCUUUAACAUGCAGAUGCUAAAAAUGUAGCCCACAAUAUAAACAAGUAAAAAUCACUUUAAUUUACCAAUGCUUCCUUCAUUUACUGCUAGAUAACAGCCCUCUGUGAUUGGUUACUUGCACUAAUAUUCUUUCAUUUUCCUGACAUGUUUCCCUUCAUAUCUCCAUCUCAUUUUAGCCUCAGUCCUGCUUUUCUCGCUGUUGCUGAGAUCAAACGAAAAGGGCUCUCUCAUGACCUCUCUACCUUGAACAACACGCCACCUCUCCUGCUGCUUCCAAGUCCUCCAACACAUAUCAAACAUUUGUUUCUACACCAGGGCAUCGAUGGGGAGUUCCUUCUCUCUCCUGCCAGAUUUAACUCAAUCUCUUGAUGAGUUUUCAUAGAUCACGUUUCUCACAGUGCACACGCACAUAUAAAGGCUGCAAAUGUGAAAUGUUAAAGGGGAGAUUUGUCUCUGGGGUUGUUUUGCAUUGGUGAUCAAGGAGAGAUUAUAUUUGAAUGCAAGAGAAAUAGCAAUAAGGACGAUGAAAAUAAUGGUCAUCUAAUUAUGGUUUAAGAUGUAUAAAAAGUCUCAAAAGUUCUAAAGAAUCUCUGUCUUCCAAAUAAUGUUUAACAUGAAAAGGUACAAUGUAUUUAUUUAACUCUUCUGCUUUCUGUACAGCUGGACCCGUUCUCCGUAUCAUCUGAUCCUCUGAUCCAAGCCAGUUAAGGAGCCUGCUACUGCUCAUCUUUUGCAUCCUAUUGUGUGUAAAAAGCACCCUCUGCUGUCUCAUUGUUUAUUACCAGCAUCUUAUGCAAUGCCCCUUUUUCCCAUUAGCAACUAUGACUUCUCACAGUUCCCUCCCAAGGUCAUGAAGAAGCCUAAAAGGGUCACUCUUAAAAGAACGAGCAGAAUCCACUGCUAGAUUCCACUUGUUUCUAAGAAAGUUGCUAGUGUAAAAAAGGCAGAGAAGAAACUUUGGCAAAACAUUUUGUGCUGAUACAACACUGUUCCUGCUAAGUGAAACUUUUUAGAUUCUUUCUUUACAUUCUGCAGAUAUAAAUCAGAGUGACUGCUCAUCGUCGCUGACAGCAGAGAAGAUCUUUGUGAACCUGUCCACCUCUAUAGAAAGCAUUUCUUUUCCUUUAAGAGAUCUUUUAAAAAAUGAGAAUAUGAACUGCUGAAGGUCACUUACAGAAUAUAUAUGUAUAUGUGAUGCGCAUAUACACACAUUCAUAUAAAUCAUAUAUGAAUUUCAAAUGUUUUAAGAGAUAAUAAAUUGUUAGA